ACCUUUGUAUUUAAAAGAGCAUCACCUGUUGGACAACGUUUAGUUCUUUAUUGGCCUUUGAGUAGACUGUAACAAAAUGAAGCGUUUGAUAUUGUUUUUAUUUUCCUUAGCCAUUAUGGCAACGGCUAAUGAAAGGAGUUUGGAUAAAAUCCUUCUUGAUAGUGAUAACAAAUUCACAGCAAAAAUGUUUUCUGAAGUAAUAAAAGCCCAACCAGGAAAAAGUGUAGUGUUAUCUGCUUAUUCGGUUCUGCCACCUCUUGCUCAGCUUGCUCUAGCAUCUGUUGGGGAAUCACACGAUGAACUUCUUGAUGUAAUUGAAAUGCCAAACGACAACGUUACCAAAGCAGUAUUUUCAAAAGCAAAAACAGAUUUGAGAUCAGAAAAAGGAGUGACCCUUAAGAUGGCAAGCAAAGUCUACGUGGCUGAGAAUUAUGAAUUGAACAAUGACUUUGCAGACCUUAGCCGAGACGUUUUUGGAUCUGAAGUUGCCAACAUUGACUUUUGCAAAAGCGAAAACGCCGCUAAAAAAAUGAAUCAAUGGGUUGAAGAUGAAACAAAUAAUCGUAUUAAAGACCUAGUAGAUCCCACAUCCCUAGAUGCUAAUACCAAAGCUGUAUUAGUUAACGCAAUUUACUUUAAGGGUGCAUGGAAAACUCCUUUUGAAAAGGAAAGAACAACCGACAGAGAUUUCCAUGUGAGCAAAGAAAAUGUUAUCAAAGUCCCCACCAUGUACAAUUCAGACACCUUUUAUUACAUUGAUAGUAAGGAACUCGACGCACAGGUAUUGGAACUUAAAUAUGAAGGAGAAGAUUCUGCUCUGUAUGUUGUCCUUCCACAUGAAAUAGAUGGCAUUAAUAAAUUGGAAGAAAAGCUCAGAGACCCAUCAUUAUUGGAAAGUGUUAUAAGUACUAUGUUUGCAUCAGAAGUUGAAGUAUAUCUCCCUAAAUUCAAAAUCGAAACAACGAUUGAACUCAAAGAAGUUCUGAAAAAUAUGAAUGUAAGGCGAUUAUUUAGUUCUGGCGAAGCUAGACUCGACAAUCUCCUAAAGUCCGUUAGUGAUUUGUACAUUAAUGACGCUAAGCAAAAGGCAUUUAUUGAAGUAAACGAAGAAGGUGCCGAGGCCGCAGCAGCUAAUGAAUUUGUUGCCGUGGGAAGCAGUUUGGUGACUUAUGAACCCCCACUACCAGUUUUUGAUGCUGAUAGGCCAUUUGUUUUUGUUGUAAAGAAAAGUAAUAUGCCUUUGUUUACCGGAAUUUAUGCUGGAAACUAAAACGGUCUCCAAUCAUACAUUAAUAAACUGUUCUGUAAUAAACAAUUAUACAUAAA